AUGGAUACGGAAUUGAGAUCCAAGGUAGCAAGAGUUUCAGAUGAAUUCAACUCCAAUGAAUUCUUUCAGUUUCCGAGAGAUCGAGCUGGCGUUGCUUUCCAGUCUACAGAAACAAACUCUAUGUUCGUCGUCACUGCUCAUUUGAAAGGUUAUACGCGAGGAAACAUAAAGGUUGAUCUUAACGAGAACAAGACUAAACUGGUGGUAACGUGUGAGAAGCCGGUCCAAGAAACUCUAACGAUUGGGCAUGAAGUGAUCAAGAAAGAUGUACAGAUUAGAAAAUUUACAAAGUCAAUCCAGAUUCCAGAUGGGGUAAUCGUGGACGAAAUUAUAACUAAUUUCAAUGAGGAAACCUCCAACCUGACUAUUACAAUGCCAAAGAGGUUGAAGGAGCCAGAGCUUGUUACCCAGACGCCUUGUACAAUUCUUAAAAGAGCGAGAUUUCAAGAAGACGAAGGAUCAGCUGAUUCAGUAACUGCAUCUCGAAAAGGACUAAUCGAACAGCAUGAUGCUAAAGAUGAAGUUCCCGAAAGGAAAAUCGAAACAGGUGAAUGUAGAAAUUUGAAAAAUGAUGAAGUUUGUGAAAAAGAGGAGGAUAAACUGCCUAAAAGGAGCAAGGUAUGUGUUCCUGUUAUUGUUGGAUCAGGUGUAAUGUUAUCUGUAGUUGUCUUUGUGAUUCUUUUUAUGAGAAAAAAGAAGCAACCUGGAAAAAGAAAAGCAUAA